CUUAUGAGAGGAGUUUGCGGACUUGGACGAAGACCAAGUGGACUUGUCUAUCUUCGUCCGAAGCAAAGACUGCUGAUGCGAGUAUAAGAAGGCCGGAGCCCUCUGGUCCUGGGAGGCUAGGAUGGAAGACAAUCAAUUGUCUUCAGCACCCAAUACAUCAUCACUUUGAUCUGUCUCCAGAUUUGAUCCCACUCUUUCUACCAUUAUGACUAUUUUCAAGGGGUUUGACACGACCCGCGAUGUCCCGUCCCUGGGAGGCAAGGUCAUCCUGAUCACGGGGGGAACCGGUGGAGUCGGCAAAGCAGCCAUCGAGCACCUUGCCAAGCACGACCCUCAAAAGAUCUUCUUCACGGGCCGCAACACGCAGGCCGCAGAACGUCUCAUUGCCUCGCUUCCGGACCCAUCUGUUGCCACAUUCGUGCCAUGCUCCCUCGACUCCCUCGCCAGUGUCAAGACGGCCGCGGAUAAGAUCAUCCAGCAGACGGACAGACUCGAUAUCGUCAUUGCCAACGCGGGUAUCAUGGCCGUCCCGGCCGGUGUCAGCGACGAUGGCUACGAGAUUCAGUUUGCUACUAAUCACGUCGGCAACGUUGCCCUCACAUUGCGCGUCCUACCUCUGAUGCUCAAGACUGCAGAGAUACCCGGCGCAGACGUCCGUUUCGUUGCCCUGACAAGUCUAGGCUACCGGGGCCAUCCAAAGCAAGGCGUUGACUUUGAGACGAUCAAGACGGCGCAAGAAGGCAUGGUUAUGGGCUCGUGGGGACGCUAUGGUCAGUCGAAACUCGCCAACAUCCUGUUCGCGCGUCAGCUGGGCAAGCGGUACCCGAGCAUCACCUCGCUGGCGAUCCAUCCCGGCGUUGUCAAUACGGAGCUUGUCACGGAGCUCAGCUGGGCGAAAUGGCUGCUAGUUAGGGUUACCAACCCUCACCUCCUGACCCAGGAGGAGGGCGCGGUGAAUACGGUCUGGGCGGCCACGGCGAAAGAUGUGCGAGAGAGGCUGGACGAGGGCAAGACGGCGUUUUUCGAACCUGUCGGAAAGGCGUCCGCUGGUACCAAGAGCUGUUUCGAUGAGAAGCUUAUGACGGAGCUGUGGGAGUGGACGGAGCGUGAGGUAGGCCUGCAGGCGCCAUGAGCGACGACUGGCUGUGUAAAUGCUGUUCUGGUGAGAGGAUGCACACGUAGAUGUGUUGUGAAGUAAUGGUUUGGUAUUCCCUUGGACUCUAAGAAAAGACAGUUUGCAUAUGUACAGUUCUCUACCCAUUUCUCUACUCCUUCCCGUUGGCAGUCGUGCUCGGUGCCACUGCGUACGUCGGCCGGACGAACCUGUUCCCUGGUUAGCAUGGGUUCCAGCCAUGUCUGCCCUGCCAGAGGCCUGAUGUCACUGGAUCUGGCAGUAUAGGAGGUCACCUGCCUGUCUGUGCUGUAAACCUUGCU